CAAUCGGCGCGCGCGCCGCCGGUGCCGGGCCGUCGGGAGCCGGGGCUGCCAGCGGUGCGCGCCGCUGCCACGUCGGACCGACCGGCCGGGCUCGCGGCGCGGGAUGGCGGCGCGGUGAGGGGAGCGAGGCGGCGGCGAUGGCGGCGGCGAUGGCGGCGGCGCUGCUGCUGCUGCGCUCCGCCCUGCUCUGCGCGGCGCUGGGCCGCGCGGGCGCGGCGCUGAUCCCCCCCGCGCCCGAUGUGAAGGUGGAGGUGCUGCACAAGCCUUUCCUCUGCCACAGGAAGACCAAGUGGGGGGACAUGAUGCUGGUUCACUACGAGGGCUACUUGGAGAGGGACGGCUCCAUGUUUCACUCGACUCACAAGCAUAACAAUGGUCAACCUAUGUGGUUUACACUUGGCAUAAGGGAAGCUCUCAAAGGCUGGGACAGAGGGUUGAAGGACAUGUGUGUGGGAGAGAAAAGGAAGCUAACUAUUCCACCAGCCCUUGCUUAUGGAAAAGAAGGGAAAGGAAAAAUUCCACCUGAGAGCACAUUGAUUUUCAACAUUGACCUUCUAGAAAUUAGAAAUGGACCAAGGUCUCAUGAGUCAUUCCAAGAGAUGGAUCUUAAUGAUGACUGGAAACUAUCCAAGCAAGAGGUGAAAAUUUACUUGAAGAAAGAAUUUGAAAAGCAUGGAGCAGUGGUAAAUGACACCCAGCAUGAUGCUCUGGUUGAAGACAUAUUUGAUAAAGAGGAUGAAGACAGUGAUGGGUUUAUAUCUGCAAGGGAAUUCACGUACAAGCAUGAUGAGCUGUAGAAAGAAAAGGGUGGCAUAAUUUUUUUUGACACAAAUAGCGGUGACUUUAGACUGUCUGGUUCUCAUGUCAUCUUAAUUCUGUUUUGAAAUUGACAGUUGCUGUUGGCAAAGAAACAUUUUGUUUAUAUAAAAGAGAAUUUCUAUUCAUUAUGUACAAAUGUUUUAAACUGUUUUAAAGUGUGAAAAUGUGCCUCCUCUUAUACAGUGAAGACUUGCACAUCAGUGUUUUUAAAAUUUUGUAUUAAAUUAUUUUUCAGAAAUGAAACAAA